GGCCUCCGCUGCCAGCUUCAGGGCAGCGGAGAGCCUCGCCCGGGCUCAGUCACUGCCGCCACUGCAGGGAACAUGGAACCCCCUGACGCCCGCGCAGGGCUGCUGUGUCUCACCCUCCUGCUGUCGGGCUACUCAGGUGCUCAGGCUGAGCUGCACGUGUCCGUACCCCCACGGGUGGAGGUGAUGCGAGGAGAGGAAAUCGCCCUGGACUGCACUCCACGGGGGCACCCUGAGCAUUACGUGCUGCAAUGGUUCCUUAUUGAUGCUGCCGGGACUCGACACCGUCUGGCUUCUGUGGAGCCACGGGGCUCAGAGUUCCUGGGCACAGUCCACAACUCUCGGGGCCGCACACCCCCAUACGAGGUAGAUUCCCGUGGGCGCCUGGUGAUAGCAAUGGCCCAGGUGGGCGAUGAACGGGACUACGUGUGCGUAGUGAAGGCUGGGGCAGCGGGUACCUCAGAGGCCACCUCAAGUGUCCAUGUGUUUGCGACACCGGAAGCUACGGAGGUGUAUCCCAACAAAGGGACGCUGUCUGUGAUGGACCAGUUUGCCCAGGAGAUUGCCACCUGCAGCAGCAACAACGGAAACCCGGUGCCUCGGAUCACAUGGUACCGGAACGGGCAGCGUCUGGAUGUACCCAUGGAGGUGAACCAACAGGGCUACAUGACCAUCCGUACUGUCCGGGAAGCCUCGGGCCUGUAUUCCCUGACCAGCACCCUCUACCUGAGGCUGCACAAGGAUGAUCGGAAUGCCAACUUCCACUGUGCUGCUCACUACGACUUGCCGUCAGGCCAACAUGGCCGCCUGGACAGCCAUACCUUCCACCUCACCUUGCACUAUCCCACGGAACAUGUAAACUUCUGGGUGGGGAGCCCGUCUACCACGGAGGGCUGGGUACGUGAGGGUGAUGCUGUCCAGCUGCUCUGCCAGGGUGAUGGCAGCCCCAGUCCUGAGUAUUCAUUUUUCCGCCUGCAGGGUACCCAGGAGGAACAGCUGGAUGUCAACCUCAAGGGAAACUUGACCCUGGAGAGGGUGCAUCGGAGCCAGAGCGGAAUCUAUGGCUGCAGAGUGGAGGAUUACGACGCUGAGGAAGAAGUUCUUGUCAAGCAGAUAGAGCUGCACGUGGCCUACCUGGAUCCGUUGGAGCUGAGUGUGCCUGAGGAGCUCUCGGUAUUCCUGAACAGCAGUGGCCCGGUGGUGAACUGCUCCGCUAGAGGCCUGCCUGCUCCUACCGUGCGAUGGACCAAGGAUUCUGUGACCCUUGCAGAUGGCCCCAUGCUCUCUCUCGACUCUGUGACCUUUGACUCAGCUGGCACCUACACAUGCGAGGCGUCCACACCCACAGUUCCCCUCCUGAGCCGCACACAGAGUUUCCAGCUCACGGUCCAAGGAGCACCAGAGUUAAAACCGAAUGAGAUAAAGCCCAAAUCGGGGGAUAGCUGGGCAGAAGGCGAUGAAGUCAUGCUGACCUGCUCCACCCGGGGCUUCCCAGAGCCCAAACUCACCUGGAGUCAGCGAGGCGAUACUCCAGCAGAGCCGCCCUUCGAGGGUAGAGGCUGGAUGAGCAGCUCGCUGAUGGUGAAAGUGACCAGCGCCCUGAGCCGAGAGGGCGUGUCCUGCGAAGCGUCUAACAUCCACGGCAAGAAAGGCCACGUCUUCCGCUUUGGCUCUGUGGCCCCUCAAACUGCCCAGGCUGGAGUGGCUGUCAUGGCCGUGGCAGUCAGCGUCGGUCUCUUGCUACUCGUGGUCGCUGCUUUCUACUGCAUGAGACGCAAGGGGCGCCCCGGCUGCUGCCGGCGAGCAGAGAAAGGGGCUCCGCCAGCCAGGGAACCGGACUUGAGCCAGUCUGGGUCAGAGCGGCCAGAACACACGGGCCUUCUCAUGGGUGGGCCCUCCGGAGGAGGCAGAGGUGGCAGUGGGGGCUUUGGAGAUGAGUGUUGAGGCUGAAGACCUCCCAGAGGCAGUCUCUGGAUCUGGAACUUUGGGCAUCAUCGGAGGACCGGCUCUGAGCACGCCUCCACCUCAGCGCACGCCUCCGCCUCCUUCCUUCUCCAGCCUCGGCCCUCCCUUCCUUCCUCUGCCUGCUGGGCAGGGACCCACAGUGGCCAGCGGCCUUGGAGAGGGAAAGGGGGAGGUGGGGACUGGGAGGGGGGCCUUCCUCCAGGGAAUGUAACUCUCCCAGGCCCCAGAAUAGCUCCUGGACCCAAGCCCAGGGCCCGGCCUGGGACACGGCAUUGAGGGUCGGUAGGCUGGGGCUAUUUUUACCUCCUGUCUCCCUUGCUGGGCACUACCCCCACCUGAUACCCUGCUGUGUAGUCUGACACUGGAGUCCCCAACCCACCCCAUCCCUGCCUUCAUCCUCAGCCCAUCAUUUGUGAACACUGGACUCUGAAAUAAAUGCUGCCUGUCACGUGGA